UAGUCCUGCGCGGCGCGGCGGCUGCGCCGCUGGCGGCGGCGGCGGGGCCGGGCAGCCCGAGGCCUGUGCGAGCGGCCGCGGGUAGCGGUGGAUGCCGCGGGCCGACUGCGCGGUGACCGGGGGGCAGCGGUGGGUCACCGCAGCCGCGCAGAGCCCGCCGGUGGCAGGUGUCGCGGUGGUACGGUGCCGGCUCCAGAGAUACUGAAAGUACCAUUGAGAAAACAGCAAAAUGAGUAGUCGUCGAAAACGUGCACCUCCGUCCAAGGUGGAUGAGGAGAAGAAGAAAAAGCUCUGCUGGAAUAUGCACGAAGACCGGAGAAACGAGAUGGUGGUGUUAGAUGAUGAAGUAACCAAUGAGGAUCAUAUUCCAGUUCCAAGCACUUCUGCAUCCUUCAUUGUUAUAAACGAUGAUAGCACUGAUGAAGAUCUUGUACAGAAAGAAGGCAGUGGCUCAAAAUCUGUUAAGUUUUUGACAGUUAAUGAUGAAGAAGACCCUUAUUCCAUCUUAACACCUGUGUCUGUACAGCUAAAUAUUAUAGUGUUACCCUACCGUGCUGAUAGGUCCUGGAAGGCUUUGUUGGGAGAAUUUGCUCUUCAUCUGCCUUCUGAGCAAAUUCUAACUGACGAAUUCCAUGACAGGAGCUUUACUUUAAUGAGAGGAGACUCUGAUGGUGAGCUGCAGGUGUGUGUUCAUGAAAGAAGUGAAGAAGAGUACAGUAAUGAAACAAAAGAAUACCUGGGUGCUUAUGAACAACGUAUUCUGGUGGAAGCAACUUUAAGUAGUGAAAUAUUGGAAGGCUUGAGAUGGUUGCAAAAGAAAAAGAUAAUUGGACUUUAUCAAAGACCCAGAGAGGCUCAGGAUUUAAAGGUUGGAAUUUACCUUCUUGAAGCUGGGCUAAGUAAACCAGAAUUUCUCAGUGAUGGAGGUGGAAGACCCAAAAAGGCUAAUCAGAUGAUUCAAAAACUCAUGGAAAAGUUCUACAGUUUUUUAAUUCCAGAUGAGCUGGAGGAAGAUGAGGAAGAAUCUGACACAGAACUAGAGCGACAAAAUAUCGAAGAGCUUUAUGACUUUGUGAGGCACACCCAUCAGCAGGAUAUCCAGUUACUGAGAAAGGAUGUGCAGCAUCCUGCAUUAAUUCCCAUUCUGAGGCCAUACCAAAGUGAGGCUGUGAACUGGAUGCUUCACCGAGAGAACCACACAAGUACUCCUAGUAGUGAAAAUGCGCUGCACUUCUUAUGGCGGGAGGUGAUGACUCUGGAUGGAGUAAAAAUCUACUAUAACCCAUUUACUGGCUGUAUUAUCCGUGAGUAUCCAACUGCUGGACCCCAGUGGCCUGGAGGUAUUUUGGCAGAUGAGAUGGGUCUUGGAAAAACAGUAGAAGUGUUGGCUCUCAUUCUGAAUCAUACUGGACCAGACAUUAAACAGGAUGAUCUGACAUUGCCUGAGGGUAAGCUUGUGAACUUCUUUGUUCCACCUCAACCUUUAGAGGGAAAUAAAAAGAUAAAAACAAAGGAAAUGGAGCCUAAAUUGAAGGAAAAAAUACAGUAUCCCAGCUUACGAGUAAUGAUAUUAACAGCUGUAAAGGAAAUGAACGUGAAGAAAGGAGCAUCCAUUAUUGCAAUAUUUAAGUACAUCAGUUCUAUAUAUAGGUACGACACACAGAGAAAUAGACGACUUCUCAAAAGAACUCUAGAAAAACUAAUUGCAGAACAGGUGGUAGAACAAGUUAAAGGACAUGGUCUGGCUGGGUCUUUCAAGCUGGGAAAGAAUUACAAGGAACAGAAGAAGCGAGAAAGAACCAAAGAGCAGGUAGCAAGGACUUCAGAAAACACUCAGAAGAAACAAUUGAUUGAUGCUAAAACUCAAACCAAAGAAUCGAGAAACAGUGAUGUAACAUCUGAAAAAGUCUUUAAAACUGCUUCACAUGAGAAUAUUGCCAUGGAAGAACAUGAUUAUUGUACAACUAGUAAAAAUAACAGGAAAUCUGAAGCAGAUCGUGAGAACUCUGUAGAAGAGAAAGAUGUUAAGCCAGAAACUGUGGUCCCAAAGUCUCCUGAUUUUCAUGGCAGUCUUCUUGUCUCCAGUGAUGUGAGCAGUCAUCCUGAUGUUGAUGUUUCUAAAACUGCAGCUGAUGUCCAGCAGGAAAUACCAAAGGUCCAGUUGUCACAUUCCCAAGAAUGUGCUGGCAGUAGCAUGCAACACACCAGUUCUGUAUUUCCAUUUAAUACCUCUGAAUAUCGUUUUGAGUGCAUCUGUGGUGAGCUUGGAUUGGCUGACUACAAAGCUCGUGUGCAGUGCCUGAAAUGUCACUUGUGGCAGCAUGCAGAAUGUGUAAACUACAAAGAGGAGAAUCUGAAGAGCAGGCCCUUCUACUGUCCCCAUUGCCUUGUGGCAAUGAAACCGGUUCCCACAGGAGCAACUCUGAUCAUUUCUCCCAGUUCUAUUUGUCACCAGUGGGUAGAUGAGAUCAACAGGCAUGUAAGAUCAUCAUCUCUUCGAGUUCUGGUGUACCAAGGUGUGAAGAAGCAUGGCUUUUUGCAGCCGCACAUGCUGGCGGAGCAGGAGGUGGUUAUCACCACGUACGACGUCCUGCGCACCGAGCUGAACUACGUAGACAUUCCCCACAGUAACAGCGAGGACGGGCGCCGCUUCAGGAACCAGAAGCGCUACAUGGCCAUCCCCAGCCCCCUGGUAGCAGUGGAGUGGUGGAGGAUCUGCCUCGAUGAAGCACAAAUGGUUGAGUGCACUACUGCAAAGGCUGCUGAAAUGGCACUCCGUUUGAGUGGAAUCAAUCGUUGGUGUGUCAGUGGCACUCCUGUGCAGCGAGGAUUAGAAGAUUUAUAUGGAUUAGUCCUUUUUCUUGGAGUUGAUCCUUACUGGGUCAAACAUUGGUGGGACCAACUACUAUAUCGACCGUAUUGUAGGAAAAAUCCCCGGCCUCUCUACAGUCUAAUUGCGAAGAUAAUGUGGAGAUCAGCAAAGAAGGAUGUGAUUGACCAAAUUCAAAUCCCCCCUCAGACAGAAAAUAUACACUGGCUUCACUUCUCUCCUGUGGAGAGACACUUCUAUCACCGCCAGCACGAGGUGUGCUGCCAGGAUGCAUUGGCAAAACUCAGGAAGAUUUCGGACUGGACUCUUAAGCUUAGCAGCCUUGAUAGAAGGACUGUGACUUCUAUUCUAUACCCUUUGCUACGGCUGAGGCAGGCCUGCUGUCACCCACAAGCUGUUCGGGGAGAGUUCUUGCCACUACAGAAAAGCACCAUGACCAUGGAGGAGCUGUUGGCAUCUCUACAAAAGAAAUGUCGAACGGAGUGUGAGGAAGCUCACCGACAGUUGGUGUGUGCUCUUAAUGGCUUAGCUGGUAUCCAUAUCAUCAAAGGAGAAUAUGCAUUGGCUGCGGAGCUGUACAGAGAAGUACUAAGAUCAUCUGAAGAGCACAAAGAAAAGCUCAAAACAGAUUCCUUGCAAAGACUUCAUUCUACACAUAAUUUGAUGGAAUUGUUGGCAAAGCACCCAGGAAUUCCCCCAACUUUGCGUGAUAGCCGACUUGCAGAAGAGGCAGAACAGCUUCGACAGCAUUAUAUGAGUAAAUCCAAUGCAGAAGUUGCAGAAGCCCAUCAGGCCUUACAGCCAGUCCUUCAAACCAUUCGGGAACUUCAAAGAAAGAUACAUUCAGGUUCUCCUUGGUGGUUGGAUGUCAUCCAGACAGCAAUACAGUAUGCCAUCGAUGAGGAGCUUGUUCAACGUGUGCAAAAUGAAAUAACCUGCAACUACAAACAACAGACGAGUAAACUCUCCAUGGCAGAGAAAUUCCGUGACUGCAGAGGCCUUCAAUACCUACUCACAACCCAGCUGGAUGAGGUGAAGAAGUUCCAGAAGAUUGUAAGAGAAGCAGUGAAAAACUUAGAAGGCCCUCCUUCCAAGCAGGUUAUUGAGGCUGCCACUAUCUGCCACUUGCGACCUGUUAGACUGCCACUUAACAACUGUGUCUUUUGUAAGGCUGACGAGUUGUUCACGGAAUACGAGUCAAAGCUCUUUAUGCAUAGUGUUAAAGGCCAAAUGGCAAUAUUUGAGGAGAUGAUAGAAGACCAAGAAGGGCUUGUUGAUGACCGUUUGCCCACCACAAGCAGAGGGCUCUGGGCAACCAGUGAAACUGAGCGUGCCUUGAAAGCGCUUCUCUCCUUUGCCAAAGCUCACCGAAUGGAUGCUAGGCUAACUGAAGAAGGGACUGUAUUCCUGGAGCUCUUUGAAGCAUGGAAAAAGGAGUAUAAGUUGCUUCAUGAGUACUGGAUGGUCCUUAGGGAUCACGUGUCUGCUAUUGAUGAACUGGCAAUGGCGACAGAGCGACUGAGAGUGCGUCACCCUGACGAGCCAAAGCCAAACCCACCAGUGCUCCACAUUAUAGAACCACAUGAGGUAGAGCAAAAUCGAGUGAAACUUCUGAAUGACAAGGCAGUUGCCAAAUCACAACUUCAAAAGAAAUUAGGACAACUUCUGUACCUCACUAAUCUGGAGAAAUCUCAGGAUAAAACUACUGGAGGAGUUAACCCAGAACCGUGUCCAAUCUGUGCACGUCAACUGGGGAGUCAGUGGGCAGUGCUGACAUGUGGACACUGUUUUUGUAAUGAGUGCAUAGCAAUCAUCAUCCAGCAGUACAGCGUUGGCACCCGCCGCAGCUCAAUUAAAUGUGCCAUUUGCAGGCAGACAACAUCUCAUAAAGAAAUAUCUUAUGUCUUCACUGCAGAAGCUGCAAAUCAGGAGGAUGAUAUUCCUGUAAAGGGAAGUCACUCCACCAAAGUGGAAGCCGUGGUCCGAACACUGAAGAGAAUUCAAUUUAAAGAUCCAGGGGCUAAGUCCUUAGUUUUCUCAACGUGGCAAGAUGUGUUGGAUAUAAUUUCAAAAGCUUUGUAUGACAACAACAUGGUUUUUUCUCAGAUCAAUGGAAUUAGUAAAUUUCAGGAAAACCUGUCUGCAUUUAAAUAUGAUCCCAACAUCAAUAUUUUGCUGCUGCCUCUUCACACUGGUUCCAAUGGACUAAACAUCAUCGAAGCGACUCACGUUCUGCUCGUGGAGCCCAUUCUGAAUCCAGCACAUGAGCUGCAGGCUAUUGGCAGAGUACAUCGUAUUGGCCAAACAAAAUCUACGAUUGUUCAUAGGUUCCUGAUAAAAGCAACAAUAGAAGAGAGAAUGCAGACUAUGCUGAAAACUGUAGAUAGAAGCCACACAAGCUCUUCCUUGAAACAGUCAGAAGCCUCAGUGUUGACAGUGGCAGAUUUGGCCGAACUUUUUACAGAGGAAACUGAAGAACUUGAGUAAAAACAUAGAUUUGACCUAAUGAAAUUGGAAAGUACCUUACCCAGUAAGCACCAGGAUAAAAUCCACUUGACCAGUCAUUGCUGUCGACAUCAUCUAACAGUUGUACAUAAGAGAGCAAUUGAAAUUAAGAAGUCUUAAUUUUUACUGAUUUAUUCUUUGGUGAUGUUCAUAGCAGCACACACUUCUGAUGGCACUGGAUAAAAGUUGCACUUUGCACAUUAUGCAAAAACAUGGAAUUUUUUUUCCCAAAGAGCAUUUGAGUUGGAUGCUAAAACUGAGAUCUUGGACCCUUGGUUGAGAGGAUUUUUACCAUCAGGCUUGAUCGGCUAGUAGCUCAAUCUGAGAGCAAAACUGUGUGGGUGGUUGGGUGGGAAAGGGAAGCAGAAAAAUACAAAUCUAAUAUUUUUUAUUGUACAAAGAGUUGUUAGAAAAAAUGACUGUAAAUUAAUAUUCUUCUAGAAAAGGCCUGUUAGAUUUAAUGCAGAGUUAUUAAAUGUCUUAUUGUUAACACUUCAAAUUACAAAUGUUUACUAAUAGUUUGGAUAUUUGUAUUAGGCUUUUAGAUAUUCAUAAAGACUUUUGACAGUUAAAUAUUUCAUUGUUAAUGCUUACAGCAAAAAGAUGAAAAUUAAAUUAUGCUUUUUGUAUGUGUGUUGGUCUGGUGAUCAGUUAAAGACUUGAACUUGCUGUACAUGUUUUCACUUGAAGCUGUGACUAAGUGCUCAGUUUGAAAAAAACAAGAAAAGCAUUUGCUACAGAAUUUUCAAAGACUAACUGGCUACACUGCUGAUCACUUAGUAGUUAUUUGAUGUUUCUGUGCAUUCUCUCACCCUGAGUUUUUUUUUGUCUAGUUCUUCCCCUUAAAGAUGUAGCAAUCUAAUAUAUAAAAUACAUGAAAUUAUGGUUGGCAGGAUGCCUGAUCUAAGCUAGAAAAAGUGUGGAGAGAAAUUUAACUUUUGUGAAGCUUCAUCUUUAGAUAUGCAGUAACAUUGUACCGCAUCUUUGUUGACAGUAGAUAGUUUGGAACAGAAAUCUGGGCUAACUUUCAGUUAGCUGAAGUUAGGCACAAUACAUCUUAAGCCUUUUGGCAUUGGAUGUGGAUGUGCAUUUACAUAACAUUAAUUUCUGAAGGUAUUACAGAAGCAACAUCAGUUGUGCAGUUGGUGCUAAACCCAAUUUUGUGUUUAGUGAGCGGGCAAAUGUGUAUGCAUAAGCAACAGGCUACUUCCCUCAGUUUGCAGCAGAGAAAUGGAACAGAUAGUGGACUCUUCUUUAGAUAAGACAGAUCAAGCAGUUUACACAGAAGCUGUGACAUCCCCAUCUUUGAACAUACUGGGAACUCAAAUAACCCUAAGCAACCUGAUCCACCCUCGAAGUUGGUCCUGCCAUGUGUGGUGUGUUGGACCAGAUGACCUCCAUGGAUCUCUUCCAGCCUAAAUUAUUUUACAGUGUACUGGAGAUCAUGCUGUACAGACACUCCAGGAACUCUGAGGGCAGCAACAUUCCAAUUUCCUCAUUAGCUUCAGAUAAUUUUGAUAUUGUAUGAUACAAUAUGACUGCACAAGAAGCUGCUAUUCACUCUGGGAAAUGAUGUAUCUGUGCUAAAAACUGUGGAAGCCCGUAGUGUUUGCAUUCAUAGCUCCCAUUUUAAUUAACUAGACAUGGGAAGAAUGGUUGUCAAUGAAUGUAAACACAGAAAGGCAAACUGAAAAAUGUCAGCUAUGAGAGGUUUCCCAACCUCUUUAUGUUUUUGGCUUGAUGCCUUUUUUGAGCUUACCUAGAAACAGAGGCCAAAGUUAAAAGGAUAAAAGUGGAUAUAUUUAAUGAAGAGCCUUCAGGUACAUUAAGGGCAGAUGAAGCCUCCUCAAGGGGCUACACCCAAAAUGGACAAUGGUCACAAGACAGAUACAAGUUUGGUCUGUUUGCAAAUCAGGGGGUUAAUCCUCCAAUUACACUUUCAGGUAAUGAAGUCAUAUCCCCCCAGUUCGUUCCCCCCUGCCAGUUCACUUUUCUUUACACUUUUUGGGACCUGAGGCUAUAGGGCAUCCUUGAGUUUUAGGCUAGAGGAAUUGUGUCACUGACCAAAAAGGGAAGACAAUAAUUAACAUUUUAUGUGGAGCUUAGAGUUAUGUACUAAUGCAGUACAGGAUUUGAAAAAUAUAAAGGCUAAAAUCUUAAGGCAUCAGGCUUAUUUAUAUAAAUAUGGUGGUUUCAUUGUUUAUUUAUAAAUAUGUGGCUUUUGAAUUCCUGACCAAAAGCAUAGCUUAUCAAGCACUGCAUGAGUCUUCAGUCCUGGCUUACUUUGUUUUAUAUUCAUAUAACAGCCUGGAAUGCCAGAAAAUCUGCUUCUAGGCACUCUCCUGAAUGCCCUGGAGCAACAGCACCUAGAGGUCAGGAGGUAUUACAUUAAAAUGUGGGCAUGAGUCAUGUUAAAGAGCCUUCUGAAACUGGAGGGUUGAACCACUGGAGUAUAUAGCCAGGUGUCAAUAGUAAAAUGAAUUCUUCAAGCUUUACAUAAUACCAAACAAAGAGACCAAAUUUCAUGCUUUUUUCCAUUCUUUGCAAUAUUUAAUAUCUUUGACAAAGGCUUUUCUUUCAGACAACUUAAGAGACUUUUCAUAAAAUUAAUUAUUUUUUCUUGCUAAGGGUGUAGAUUGUACCUCUGCAGUGCUUUUCUCUUAUGAAAGCACAAUAAGCUUGUUUUCACGGUGCUGUCAUGGUUUUGCUCUCUAUCAAAACAUUUUUGAAAGACAGUAUCUUAGCUGAGAACAAAGUCUGCCCUAUCCUAAGACUUCCAGCAUGCUCAUAAAAAUGGGAUUUUCCACAGAAGACAGAAACCUAUAAAUACUGACUGCAGUCUUUCCAUAACAUUUGUGUGGACAUACCAGAGUCAUCUACCAGAUUCUCGUGUGUUCUUCUGCUAAAACAUGUAAAUGUGAUCCAAGUUAACAGUAUUAUUUAUCCAGUUAAGUCAGCCCCUUGAAAAAUGAGGCUUCAGCUGUUUCCAAAGACCUCAGUGCUGACUUUUAAUCUCUUUCAUUUCCAUGACAAAGAAUGUUAAGAGUUUUUUUGAUUGUAGUUGGUGAGGGUUUUGGGGCAGGUUUUCUCGCUGAAUAUAAAGUUCAGUGCCUUGUAGAACAGAGCUGUCAUUUUGGUAUCUGUAAAAGCUUGAUGCAAAUAAUGAACUUCCUGGAACCACACAAUAUGAUCAUCUUGGAAACUGAGGUUUUAAAACUUCUGGUGUUAAAUUGAGCUCUGUGAAUGUCACUGUGGAUCUUUAAGAGAAUUUCUAAGUUAAGAUUCCCCCUUUCUCUCUAAAUCAGCAGGAGCCAGGGAUAGGUUUAUAUCUUAACCUGUUAAAUAACUUUCUAACAUACUAAUAAAACUCCAGGAUGUACUACCAUUUUCAUGCAGGUCGGGUACCACAGAAGAAUAUUUACCUCAUUCUUCUCUUGCAUGUUCAAGUUUCAUAUUAAGGAGUGGACAGAGUUGAUGAUGCUUUUUGUGAGAUAAGCCUUCCAAACUACAUGUCUGCCACCGUGUAGAUGUAUUUAGAGUUAUCUGUGAGUAGGAUCCUACAGAGAUAAAAAGUAGUCAUGUCUGGUUAAACUCACAAUUAGACAUAAAUCCUCCUGUACAAUUCUGUCUGGACUAGUAGCUGGGGACCAGCUAACAGUUCUCUCCCACUGUUUCUCCUGUCCUCUUUUUAUCCAUUUUUGCAGUCCUUAUGACUACAUUACCUCUUUCAGGAGUCACAGAAUUAUUUGUUCAGUUAAAACUGUGCUUCAGUUAAUUUGGCGGGAAAAAGGUCUGUAUUGGUUAAUCUUCCAUUGACAAGUGUGGGAAAAAAUUAACCUUGAAAUUUAUUGCUCUCCCAAGGUAAGCAAUUAAAUGAGUUUCUAAGGAAAACCUAGAAAUCUAGGGGUUUGUGUAGCUGUAAAUAAAGCCUGUCUCUGAAGCUUAAUCUAAAGAUUUACUGCUAAAAAUCUGUAUGCUGUUUUUCUCGAGACUGAAAGGCGAGUUACAAAGCCACUAUACCUGUGGUUUUUUCCUUCCUUUUUUGAUUGCCUGAAACAAGUGAGAUCUUGACAAGAUUGUGUGCUAUAAAUGUAGAUGAGAUGGAUUUCAUAAUGGAGAAAAAAAUAAGGUGCAAGACAUCUGUCUCUCCCUCUGCCUGUGUUUUUCUCUUUUUCUGUGUUGGUCAUCUCAUCCAGCCCACCCUCCCACAUCCAGCCCACCCCAGCCCCAGCUUGCUCAGUUUGUUACAAAGAAUUUUUAUGUUUGGUCAGUGGAAGUAGAGUAAAAGAGUUAUAAUCCAUAAAAUGGCUACAGUAAUACUAGCUUACCGUAUCACAGGAAAAGCAUCUGAGGUAAAGGGAAUUGUAGCUUGGUGUAAAUUCUUUUUUGUACUGAUAGUAUUUUCAUUUACCCCUAUUCUUCACCACUGUAGAAUCAGAUACUGAAUUUCUGUCUGUUAACUUGUAUAUAUCUGGUUUUAUAUUGUACAGCUGACAUACAAAAAGGACCCUAGUAGUCUAUUUACUGAGUAAGCAGUGAGGCUUACAAGUUUUUACUAGCCAAGUCUAUAGUUUUGGAAUUCAUAAAGUGCACCUGAACUACUGUCACAAAUCACAGUGCAUCCACUGUCUUGUCUCUAGAGAAGGAGGAAGGAAUAGGUAGUCACAAUAGCAUUGGAUUCACGUCCCAAGUACGCACUCUAUUCUACAGUCAUACACUGUGUAAAGAGGACAGGUAGUUGAAACUGUAGCUUUCAAAUGUUGUUAAGGAAUUAAGUGACCUGGCAUAGAUGAAAUAGGGUUUCUAAGUACUAGAAUAAUUAAUAGACAAUUGGAUUUAAUAUACCUGUAAACCCCUGCUUUGGUUUUCUUCUGUGUACAAGACAUCAGCCUUCCAGGGCUAACUUCCAAGUUCCUUUGUUUUGUGUAUUUAUAGAGUUUACACAAGCAAGUGCCCCGCCCCAUUCACUGAACUGGACACAAACCAAAUCUUAUCAGUUGAGGAACAGGUGUCAUUGUUUCCAUGAUAUAACAUCUCUUGGUUUGAUAACAACCUUCACAUUGGGCAGAAACUACCUUUCUCAAUUCUACCAAGUGUAUGGUCUGACUGCUUAUAGGGUGUCUCAAAAUGUAAAUUGUUGGUGUAAGCUGGCUUCAAUAAUUGUGGGGAGUUUUAUGCUGCUUUUCCUUCUAAUGGGAUUCGUAUUACCUUGCUGUGAAUUGUUGCUUUUUUAUGCUAACAGAUGAUCUUCAUCUGAUUUUCUCUUGGCUAUGUCAUUUGUUUAAGGAAGGAAAUCUAGACUGCCUUUCUUGUUACCUUGAUGGAAUUUUGCCUUGUCACUGUUGGAGUCUCCUGAGAUGGAGGUUCACUAGUGUGAGAAAGUGACUUUCCAUUUGUGAAUGCUGAAAUUGUAAGGGACUAGCUGUACUGACUGAAUGUUCGCAAGUCCAUGGGGCCUGAUGGGAUUCAUCCCAGCAUUCUGAAGGAGUGGUGUAUGGUAUGGAAGAACCCCUCUUGAUCAUCCUACCAAAGAUCUGGGAAGGUCCCUGCUGACUGGAAUCUAGCUAUUGUUGUUCCAGUUUACAAGAAGAACGUGAGCAAAGACCCUGGAAACUACAGACUUCUAAUCUAACCUCAAUUAUUUUACCAAGUAUUAUGUGUUGUUUCUCUUCUAGCCUUCUACAAAAUCUUAGUGCAGCAAUGUAGGAGUUGUGGACAUGAUUACACCAGGUAACUGCUGUCCCCAUUGUUCGAUCUUGUAAGCAGAUCUGGUUAGAAAACAUUCUAUCCUACAAUUCCUGUCACAGAGGUAGAAAGCCCAGAGCACUUCACCACCAGCUAGAAAAGAGAUGGAGGGACUAUCUCUGAGACCAGGUGAUCCAUUAAUUUCUACUGCUGUUGUACAUGCUGCAGUAGAGGUGGAAUCUGGACUAGAUGGAGUUGGAGGAAAUUGGAGGAGACUGGGGGGGAAAAAUGAGGAAUAGUUGUAAAAUGUUCCUCUAAGUGCCCUUCUGCUGAUUUUUCUGUGGGUGGAAUGAGUCACUGAUACAAGCAAUGAAUAAACAAAGGGUGAAAGAUUGCAAGUAUAGCCUGUUCAUUGGAAUUAAAUGUUCAUCUAAAUGCAGGGGCACAUUUUUGUGUUCCAGAUUUGAGAUAUUAGUCACUUUCUUACUGCACGUUUUUGGGCUGUGAACACACAGGGCUUUGCAGUAGUUGAACAAAUGGGAAUACUGAAAAGUUUUAGAUCCUGGGAUACAUGUUUUAAUGUGCACCUAAGUCAUAGGAUUCCCUAGUCAAAUGUAUCCUGUGGACUUUUGAAGGAUAAUGGUUCAAACUUGUAAUAUAUACUUUUAUAGAUUAACCUUGAACCAAACAGGCAAGUGCUGCUUAAUAGAGGCAAGGUAAUUAAUCACCUCUGCUGUAAAUUAGCAAGUGUCUCUGAAGGGGCAAGACAGUGGACUUUGUAAUUGCCACUUGGGAAAUUCUGCACCUUAUGAAUUCCUGCAGUGGGGAUGAAAGGCAGUAAAGCCAGCCUAGUCCUCUUGUGCAGGGAAACAAAUGCUGAGAAAUCUUGCCAAAGAUCUCAGCCAGAUGUGUCAAAUGAGGGACAUGCCAUAAAUAAUCCUAGGGAAUCUCUCCUUUUGUGUACUGUAAUCUUCAAACAUCUUGUAAGCAUAUAUUUUCUGAGAAGAUUAUAGAAUUCUUAAUAUAUGCUUCCUUCAUCAACAAGCUACCACUGUUCAGUAGGACUUCUUUUUUUUCUCUGUGGAGCGUGUAUUUCUUUUCUGUUGCUUGUUCUUAACAAAGGUGAAUGACCCUGAAUCAUUUACAGCUCUCAUUAAAAGCCUCUAGAAUACAAUUAGAGAACAUGAAACACCAAAGGGGCAGAAAAAGCAAAUUAAGUGAGGGAAGUUUUACUUUUGCUUACUUAGAGCUGCUGCUGCUGUAACAGGAGACAAAUAUGAGAGUGGGGAAAUGGUAGAGAGGGGUGUCCAGCCCUGUCCUGGGGGUUUUGAUUCCAAAACAGAGAAGAAAGGUUUUCUGAGUUGUAUUAAAGUUUCCACUCACUCGCACUUUAGGAAUGCUGCUGUUAGGCAUAGGACACCGUUUGGCCAUUUUUUGGGGACAUGAUUCUAUAGAGAGCUUUUAAAGUCCAAAGCCACAACCCUGGACUUAAAUCUGUAAUUACACACAUGUUGAUAUAAAACGUUUUCUUUCUUUUAUUUUAAAUUAUACUGCUACUGAAAUAAUACUGACUGAUGUAUUAAUUUCUUUUUCUUUCCAUCUUCCUCAUUUGUAGAAAAAUAGCUGGUUCCCCUUCUGAAGAGACAGUGCUUAAAUCAUUUGUGUUCCCGUUCCUCAGUAUGUAACUGAAUUAUCUGAUAGAUGUUACCUGUUAAAUAGUAUUGAUUAAUAGGAAUGCUCUGCAUAUGUAAAUGGUUGUUAUUCAAAGCUGCACUUACAAUAUGUGUAGAAGUACAGGGGUCCAUAAUUAUUCUUUCCAAUGUGGUUGGUUAAAGCCAGCUCCAAAACUGCUGACUUCUGGAAACAGCUCACUCUUCCCUAGAGCAAUUCUUCAUUACAGUCUCCUGCUCUAUGGAGACCAGGCCUGUGACAUCUCCUCGAUAAAGUUAUCUGUUGGAUCAGUUGUAUCAUAUUUUCAUUCCUAGAACUGUAAAUCAGUCCUGGUCAAUCCCAAUAUAUACAAACUAUUUUUAAGAGAGUGGUAUAAUUAGGAGACCUCU